GAUCAGAUAGGUUUGGAAAUGAUUCUGGACCGUGAAUAUUCCCUGGUGUUAAAACCACAUUUAAUUACCAUGGAAAACGUUACGUUAUAACUUUACACGCGCGUUUAUUUAGUUUGAACGCGGCCCCAUCCUGGAGUGACGAUAUUGUGCGAGAUUCGAGGAGAUAAGAGCGUUUCCAACUCGGUCCGUUUCUUCCUGUUGCUCAGCUGCGUCUGAAGAAAACCAGCAUCGAUAGGCGUCGGAUUUUGUUUCCAUCUGCAAAAUGCCACGGGAUAACAAGAAGUCUCUCAUUCAGAAAAUAGCCAGCCAAGCCAAUAUUACAUUUAAAGAUUUCAAUGCAUCCGCAAUUGGGGCCAACAAAGUAUUAUUGGACAACCGGGAGGAUCUAAUCACCCUGCUGACGGAAGUCAGGGCUGCAGACCUGAAGAUGAAACCGAACGGCUCACAUUCCGAACACAACCCACCUGUCAUGUACAUGCACAUCUGCGAGACGGAGUCGUUCAGUAUGGGGGUGUUUCUACUGAACGGCGGGGCUUCCAUCCCGCUCCACGACCACCCCGGUAUGAACGGGAUGCUCAAGGUUCUAUACGGGAAAGUCAGUAUCAGGUGUUUUGACCUGUUGGAUAAACCUUCGGACCAGGUGCAGAGUGAGACCCAGUUCGACCCGCCGCUGCUGCCGUUCCAGAAGGACUCUCUGCGGCGGGCUGUGCUCCGAUCCACCAUGUGGUUCACCCAUGACAGUAGUCCGUGUAUCUUAACCCCGCAGAGGGAGAACCUGCAUCAGAUCGACACGGUGGAUGGACCGGCUGCCUUCCUCGACAUCCUGGCACCUCCGUAUGACUCUGACGACGGGAGGGAUUGUCAUUAUUAUAAAGUCCUACAGACUGUUCCCGACGCAGACAGUAAGGUAGAGGCGCAGCAGCAGUGUGAGGAAGAGACGUGGUUACUAGAGAUAGGCCAGCCUGAUGGCUUCUGGUGUGAGGGUGAACCAUACCCAGGGCCCAACGUCUCCUUCUGAUGUCGGUGUUGUAAAGGCAGGGAUACCUGUGACCAAAUAGGGGCAGCCACAUGACUUUCAAAAGACUUUGAAUCACUGUGAGUGGGACAUGAGUUGGAGCAGGGUCAUGGUCCUGUUGGAAGGUGAACCUUCGCCCCAGUCUGAGGUCCCGA